UGAGACCUCUCGCUGUUCACACACUCUGCUCACUGACGCAGCAGGAAGAAGAAGAGGAAAGAUAGCAACGUGGAUGGUCCGUGUUCCUCCGAUCGAUCAGACCGCAAACAUAAUCAAAAAUCGAUAAAACAGCUGACAUCGGCGUUCUGGUGUGAGGUCAUAAUGACGUCAGCACCGCAGCUUCCCGCCGAGCUGUGGCUGCAGGUGUUCAGUUUUCUGUCUUGGAGAGACAAACUGAGCGUGCGCUGCACCUGUUCACACUUCAGACACCUGUUGGAUAAGUCCCCCCCCCUGUGGCGGGGCUUCAGCAUCGUACUCCGACACUUCGCCAAGUACAACCGCCCGUUCUGGCGCAGCCUGGCUCAGAGGCACGUGGGCAGUGUGUCCGUGCGCUCAGGGAAGAAGAAACACCUGAGGCAGCUGUCCACCUGGCUUCCAGUUCUCCAUGCACUGCGAUUGGAUGACUGGAGAGAAGGAGGUGUGGACGAACUGAAACUGUUCCACCGACUGCAGCGUCUGUCUAUCACUUCCUGUUCUUCGCCACUGAAGAACCUGGAUUUCCUGUUCCCUCUGAGUCGUCAGCUGACGCAGCUCAGUCUCUGUAAUGUGCAGCUCGCCUGUGCGUCCUCUCACCUGUUGGCCGCUGUCAGUCAGCUGACUCGUCUCACAUCGUUGGUGCUGCAUCAUGACGGCAGUCUAAGAGUCCCGACGCUCAGCGGAGUUUUGACUCACCUGACCGAGCUCAAACACCUGUCCUGGACCAUGAUCUCCUACAGGACCCUAUCACAUGACUUCUUCAGCCCUGCCCACCUCACAGCAGGUGGCAGCACUCUAAAGCUGUCUGACCUGCAGCUGUUGAACUACGACGCUGUGGUGACGCAGGAAGUUCUGCAGCCUUUGUCCCUCCUCCACAGCCUGUCAAUCUUCCACUUGUACUCAGUACCUGGGCCCACCUGUCACCUGCAAACAUGGCUGUCAUCACUACCUCAGCUCCGCAACCUCAGCGUGCAUGGAGGCCAUCCUCUGGCAGUGUAUGCAGACUUCCUGCCGUCCUCCCUCCUCAGUCUGACUCUCUGUGUGGAUCUGCAGCCUGAAGACCUGCAGGUGGUCUCACUCAGAGCUCCUCACCUCGAACACCUGCACCUGGAGCCCUGGAGCUCCUCCUCCAACCUGGUCAGACUCCUCCCACAGCUGUUCCCUCACCUGAGGACACUUCGAAUCAGACAUCACCACGUUUCGGAUGCUGACUUCCUUCAGCUGCAGCAGCUGCGGCGUCUCGACAUGCUGGAGGUCCUGGAUUCGUACUACAGACCGGACCCGACGGACCCAAGCUUGGUCGUCUACGAGCCGAGUCCUCGUCUGCUGCAGCUGAUCUCUGACCUGCAGAAACUGACCAAUCACAGAGUCCGAGUCAUCACCAGCUCACACAGAGACCCACUCACCUGCCACUGUGUCUGACCAAUCAGAAUGAGUCUUACCUGACGGGGGGCCAAACACCUUGUGUGACAUCAUGUUUGGAAAUGGGAACAGUUUUCAGUGAAACGUUGAAUCCAAAGAAUGUCUUUGUUGGGGUGAAAUUACUAAAUAUUGAAAUUAUUUUAUUUCACUAAAUGUGCCUUUUCUGUUGCCAGCUGCUAUCACUACUGCAUUAUGGGUAAAGGUGAAUGUUUUUACAGUAACUAAAUGAUUCUGAAACAUUUAAAACAUGACCAUAAAUUUGACCUGAUAAAAUAUUCAAUAUUUGUUCAGAAAAAACCCUAUGGUUCAUCACUAUAAAGUGGGUUAAUGUUUAAAACUGGCCACAUGGUGGUGCUUCUGGUGUCACUUAUAGCUUGUGUAAAUUAGUUACACUAAAUCUAUGUAAAUAGUAACCUGACAGGUAAAAUAAACAUGGAACAUUUGAGUCUCGUGCACUUUGAGGGCUCCUCCUUGUAAAAGGAGGCUCUCCCUUCACCUCUCCUCCUCUGUUCUCCACGGGAGAAGUGUCGCAGUUAGCGAAGCCUCUGAGUUAGCUUCUCUGUUGUUUUGAUUGUUAUCCUGUGAUAUGCUAACAUAUUUUUAUGAUUUAAUGUCACAGUUGACCAGAGACUUUGUUAUUCCUCUGUCAGCUGAUAAACUUAUCCUGAGGUAUCCACGGUUACACUGGGAACACCUUUGGCAUGUUGCACAAAGUGUGAUUUCUCUACUGCACAUUCCCAGACUGCCAUUCAGAAAGUAAUAUUUAUACAAGAUGUGCGAUAAAAUAUUUGAAAGAGAUAAAAACAGUAAUAUUAAGAAGCUGCUUUAAAAUAAAAAUUCACAAUAAUUCUCUGAAGGACAAUCACUUGCUGCAGUUUUAACUACUGUAACUUUAACUUAAUGUUUUUCAUUUUGUUCAUGGACAUUCAGACUAAUACAGUUUAAAUCUAAAUCUUUGAAUAAGUUUGUUUUUAUGUUCAAAUAAAAAGCUUCUCUCA